UCCACAUCCACCAUUACAUCGUGAGACGACGCCGCGCGCCAUCAGCCCGUUGCGUUGCGAGCUGCACGUUGGCAUUCCAUUCUGGCAUUCCCAAACCAAGCGAACUAGUCCUCCUUCUGGCCGCCAACACUGGCAGUGUUGCCACCUUGCGAUAGUCCAUCUAUUCACAUUUAGUGAUCGCGCUUGUGCAGGAAAUACCUAGGUACCUCUUCCAGAAUCCCAGCGCCGCCCCGCCACGCCACAUGGUGAAAGCAGCGUACUCGAGUCUCGACGACUCAUAGCCACAGACACAGCAGACUACCGUCACCAGACUUCUCACCUCAGACCCCAGACAAGAAUUCGAGCCCGUAAAGAAGAGGGACGGUGACGGGUUCAAGAGCGCGAACGCGCGAAACCAACAGAGGGCACGUCGUGUUCCCCAUUCGUCUGCCACCAACUGCCCUCCACUGGAUGUCUUGGGUCCGCUAAUAUUGACAACUGCCAUCCAUGAAAUUGCGAUUCGCAGGGAAUACUCAAACUUACCGCAGUCUAUUUCUGGGCCUGACGUGGGCAAAUCCCUGUCGCCUCGUGUCAAGCACAUUUUCUAUGCUGUGUGGAUGCCUUGUGCCUCGCCUCACGUCUGCACUCUUCGACCUUCUGUGCGUCCCCAACGACACUUCGCUUCUGUUCCCCUUCUCCUGGGGCACCCCAGCCGCAAAACCACUCCACUACCGGUGCCACUCCACUGACUGCGCAAAGGCAUCGAGUCUUCCAGCCUAGGUUACUGGUGAAACAGCGGCAGAACUUUCACGUCGCCCAUCGUCCAUCGGCACAUCUUUGCUCUCUCGCCAGCUUCCAGUUCGUCUCUAGACCGCCAGUCGUUGACCAUCUUGGAAAGAAAGGGGGUCAAGAACAAAGCUGCUCUUGUCUUUACAACACAAUCUAUUUGGUCUUCCGCACAUCCUUAUUUCCUCAGACUUCUCUCACCAAAUUAUACUUUCUUGAGUCACCAUUCAUUGUUGAUCUUUCAUCAAACCCUUUCCAAGGCUCCUCCCAAGCCUCAACCGCCCAGGUAAACAUCUCUUGGGCAGCAUCAUCUCACACAAGGCCUAGUCAAGCGCGCCUUUAAACAAAUCCCCUCUGUUCACGAGCCAAUCACCUUUUUUCCCUCUCCUCUACGAGUCCCCUGACUCACUUCCCGAGGGAUCCCCCUUCCAGAAGGACGUUCCAUCAUACCUCAGACAAACCCAACGCCCCUGUCGGUCCGUUCUCGUCUCCCCUGUUCAACCGCAGCCACGCUCACGCACCACGUUUCCACCACAUUUUCUCCACCAGGGCUAACAUUCCUUCUCACCUUAUCCUCAAUAUAAGACUCGUGGCUCCCCUGUGACCGUACCUUUUUCCUUUCGAGAUGUCUACCAGCAACUUGACUUCGCACGCUUCUCAAACUCCAGCUCAAGAAGAAUUCAAUAACCUUGUCAGCCGUGCCUCAGCUUCCGAAAAAGAAAAUCAACAUCCAGGAGAUCGUGGAGACUACCAAAACGACAAAGAGAACAGCGACGUAGACGAAGACGACGAGUAUCUGUCUAAGCGACUAGACGAAACCAUGAGGAUGCCAACUUUCGAUCGUUUCCCUGGCUCAGGAUCAGGAAGUCUCAAGCUUCCUCACAGAGACUUUGAUAAUGGACGGACAACCGGUGUCAAAGGCGUCAUUGCCGAUGCAAGAAGUUACGAGGAAGCAAGACGCAAUGGAAGCCAAAAGAGAAAUGGAAACAGCAGAUCAAACUCAGUUGCCAACAAGCGAGCGAGUACUAUGUCAUUCUUGAAAGAGGACGGAGAGGAUAGCGAGGAGGAGGAUGAAGAGUUCGUCGAGAGAUGGCGACAACAACGACGAAUGGAAUUAGAAAGAGAAGGAAACGAUAUUCGAAACCGAAGAACCAGUCCAAGUGUAAGACGAUAUGGGCGGUUCGACGAGGUCGACGCAUUAGGCUAUUUGGACGCGAUCGAGAAGGUUACGAGAGACACCGUCGUCGUUGUGUUUGUCUACGAUCCAGAGGUACAUUUUUCUUCACUCACACUUCAUGCAUCAACACUAACCCAAGCUACAGUGUGAAGUGUCACAAGUUAUAUCGGAUGCUCUCCAGCCACUUGUAUCCAAGAAUCCAUCCAUUCACUUUGUCCGAGUCCAUUACGAAGAAAUCGAAUUUGAUAAUGCCGGAGUUCCGGCAAUUCUUGCCUACAAAAACCAAGGAGAUCUUUUCGCAAAUCUCACAUAUAUCAUCGAUCAGAUACCAGAAGAUACACCUUUCGACACCAAAGCCCUGGAGAAUGUCUUAAGAAAGAACAAUGUUGUCCGAUGAAUCCGUCUAUCUCUCCCAGACUUCGACACGCCGAAUGAUUAAUUCCUUCACAUUUCGCAUUGUGUCUUUUUUACACUACAUACAUCUCAUAGCGAGGCGCCCGGUUCCUUUUCCAGUCUUCCACUUUUAUACCAGCAGCGAACCAUACUCUUCAACCAUCAUGGACGGCUGCUCUUCGUUAUAAUUUUCUUUCGUUGUAUUCAUUCAUGAGGAAUUUUGGGCUGGCUAUCUUGUUUUUUCUCCCUUUUUACGUUUUUACGGUGCAUUAUUGAACUUUUUCAUAAAAUC